UUUGUCACAUUCCGCGUUUCACAGCUUGGCCUCCACAUCUUUCUUAAAAGCCAAGCACCGGAGGAGUCACGAUGUAUUUUAUAUCAAUCAUUUUAGCAAGCGUCCUCAUCAUACCGUUCGCCCUCAAAACUUUCUUCCCUUAUGUCUGGAUGGAUAUAAUGUAUUUCGGGGAUCUGAUGCGCAUCUUGGUGAGAUUCGUUUCGAGGCGCAGGAAGAGACCCCUCUUCUUUGUUUUGGACCGUUUCUUGGAGCAGACCGCCGCGCAUCCGGACAAGCUGUUCGUUGUGUUUGGAGACGAGAGGCACACGUACGCAUGCACGGACAAAAGGAGCAACAAGAUUGCCAACGCGCUUCUGUCUCUGCCGGGGUAUAAGUCGGGGGACUCCGUGGCCCUCUUCAUGGGGAAUGAGCCAGCCUUCAUGUUUACCUGGCUAGCCUUGGCUAAGCUGGGAUCCCCCGUGGCUCUGCUCAAUCACAACAUCCGCACCAAAUCUCUCCUGCACUGCUUCAGCUGCUGCAAAGCAAAGGUGUUGAUAGCAGCCUCUGAGCUAAAGGAAGCAGUAGAGGAUGUGCUACCCUCACUGAUGGAGCACGGGGUCACCGUCCUCCUAAUGACCGAGCGCUGUGACACACCUGGGAUUGAGAGCUUCUCCGAUAAAGUGGCCAAGGCAUCAGAUGCCCCGCUCCCUCGAUCCCUCAGAUCGCACAUCACAUUCAAAACUCCUGCGGUUUAUAUUUACACCUCUGGAACCACAGGUCUCCCUAAAGCAGCCGUGGUCAACCAGAACCGGCUCUUAGCAGCUCUGGCGGCUUUAUCUUCAAACGGCGUAGGGCCCAGUGACGUCAUCUACCUCAACCUGCCUCUGUACCACACAGCUGGAUUCAUCAUUGGCUUUAUUGGCUCCAUUGAGACAGGGUCAACUAUAAUUCUGAAGAAGAAGUUUUCUGCGUCUCAGUUUUGGGACGACUGCAGGAAAUACAACGUGACUGUCGUCCAGUACAUUGGAGAGGUGAUGCGUUACCUCUGUAGCACACCAAAGAGAGACAACGACAAGGACCACAAAGUAAGACUGGCCAUCGGGAAUGGCGUGAGAGCGGAGAUCUGGAGGGAGUUCCUCAGUCGCUUCGGGAACAUUCAGGUUCGAGAAUUUUACGCCUCCACCGAGGGAAACGUGGGAUUCCUCAACUACGUGGGGAAAAUUGGAGCUAUCGGACGCGUCAACCUUUUGCAUCGGAAGCUGUUUCCCUAUACUCUCGUCAAGUACGACACGGAGCGAGACGAACCGGUGCGUGAUGCCAACGGUUUCUGCAUUGAGGUACCCAGAGGUGAGACAGGACUGCUGGUGUCAAAGAUCACAGACAUCGCUCCGUUUGCCGGCUACGCCCAAAGCGAGGAACAGACGGAGAGGAAAAGGCUUCGCAACGUUCUCAAGAAAGGAGAUCUGUACUUCAACACCGGAGACCUGAUGAAGAUCGAUGGAGACAACUUCAUUUAUUUCCAGGAUCGUGUGGGUGACACGUUCAGGUGGAAAGGCGAGAAUGUGGCGACUACAGAGGUGUCUGACAUCCUGACGAUCAGCGAUUGCCUCAAAGAAGCCAACGUAUAUGGAGUCCAAGUACCAGGACACGAGGGGCGGAUAGGGAUGGCGGCCGUCACGGUGAAGAAAGACGCCCGGUUUGAUGGAAGCAAACUAUAUAACCACGUGGUCAGCUACCUGCCCUCAUACGCACGACCUCGCUUUAUAAGGAUACAGAAUGCCGUGGAAUUGACGGGGACUUUCAAGCAGAUGAAGGUGAAGAUGGUGGAGGAGAGCUUCGAUCCAGGACGUAUCCAGGACCCUCUUUACAUCCUCGAUGACAGCGAGAAGAGCUACGUACCGCUCACAGCUCAGGUCUACAGCUCCAUCGUAUCAGGAAACAUCAAACUAUGAGCGGUUUUAGUUCAUAGUUAUAUUGUUUAGUCUGCUUACAUCCAGAAUGUACUUCACUUCCUCAGGGACAUUUUUUUUUUUUUUUGUCUGAAUGAAUGUAGGGAUUGAGGUCCGAGCCUGGAGUCGCCCUGCAGGAGGUUUAAUCAUGUGAAUUAUGUAUUUAGUGAUUAAUUAUGAUGAUGUGUAGACUCUUUACUAACAUGAUGGCCGCUAUUCAGUACGACAUGAGUGUUGAGACAUGUCACAUCACAGCAAACAUGCUAACAAGUGCAUAAAUAAUGCAUUAAAAGGAAUCAUUUAGUCUCUGUGGAAAGUUGCAUAAUGUGAAUUUUAUAUGUAAAUAUAUACUACUGACUUUCUUAAAGAUUAAAGUGAUUCUUACUGUUAAA